UAAGGCGCCGUUUUUACCACGGCUUUUAGAUAUCUUAAAUCGUGGUUUUCACUCCGUGUGCCGAGUCUAACUAUAGUACUUACUUUUUUAGCCGUUGUACUAGGCAGUUAGUUAUUGGAGUAUUAUAUUCAUUAUUAUUUCUGUUCAAUUGCUAAUCUUAAAAACGCAAUUUUUGUUAUGGAACACCACAGCAAGUUUAAAAAUCCUACAGAAAAAGUAAAGAAAAAACACGAGAAGAAAAAUUAUAAUACGUUUACUCAGACCAAAAUCAACAAUGAUAGGAUCGUGAUUAAUGAACUAGAAACUCAGUGCUGUAUCAUUCAGGACAAUGUCGAGAAGGAUCAAAAUUACAUAAAAGAUACCAAACUUGAUAAUGACAGUGACAGCAUUUUUCGGACUUCUUGGGAAGUAAGCAAGCAUUUAGUUCAUAACAAUAGUGAAACCUCAGAUAUGGAUUGUAGUAUCGCCAAUAUUAAAACUGUUCCUGAAAGCAAUGACAUUGUACAUAAAAAAGCAGCAUCAUUUAUCAAGAAAGUAUUACACAAUGAGCUACCAAAGGACAACAAGCAAUUGCCAUUAGUUUUAUUGAUACAAUCCAGACAAUUAACUAAACUUUCUCAACUUCAUUUUGAAGAUGAAGUCAUAAAGAAAAGUACAGACAUUUUUAGCUCUAAAUCUCGAUAUGCAAAACAGAAGAAUAAAAUACCAAUUAUAAAAAAUGUACACCGCUUCUGGACGAGAAAAUUCCAAAAAUUAACUAAAUAUGUUAAUAGUAUUAAUGACUACCUAGAAACCUUGAUUAGGGUGCCUAACACUGCUAUUAAACAUGUUAGAAAUUCUGGAACAACUGUGAAUAUAUCUGUGCCCACUAAACAAUAACCCUGCCAUGUACUGUUGUAUAAUCUACCCAACAAAAACACAGUGAUUCAGUGCAUACCCGCUUAAUACCAGUAUACUAUGACAGGAUGAUAUGCAAAACUGAUUUUUAUCUGACCCUCGCAUGUUUUUUUACUGGACCGAAUAUAACGUAGACCAUUGUUGCCAUCCCUGGUGCACCUGAUCAAACCAUUGAUACUUAAAACAGUUAUAUUUAUUUCAUUUUUAUAAAUUUUUUUUAAUUUGUGUUGUGAAUUAUGUACUUUUCCUAUAAGACAGAAAUAUAAUAACUAAGAUAUUUUGUAACUAAACUACUGCUUAUAAAUACUUUGUAUAUUGUUUUUGAAUCAUGAUAACUGAUAAUUAUUUUGUAAUAAACUUAUAAUGGUCUCACACUUA